CAGUCUUUAGCAACCAAGGCUGACUUCAUGGACUUAAUGCUUACAAGUCCUUCUCAAAAGAACCAGCCUUGCCCCUGGCUCCUGGUACUGAGGGAUGCAGCCUUCCUGUCCUUCCUUCAGGCCCAGAAAACUUGUGGUGUUUUGAGGACCUCAGGGAGCCCACAGUUACUAAAGGCAAAGCCUAGUGGUGAAUUCCUGGCUCAGCUCCCUGGCCCCGAUGCCUUGAAAGCCCCAUCCCAGACUGCUUGUGGGAUUCCCAGCAAACCUAGAAUGCUGCACAGUCACCACCUGCUGUGCUUGCAUUAAACAAUCCGGGCCAACGCAAGAAGACCAAGUUGUGUCUUCAAGAUAACCUCACCUUCCAUAAACCGGCCAAGAGGUGCCCCGAGGGACCCCUCACCGAGGUUUGAACCCCAGGAGACUGUGGUCUCCAGGGUGCAGUCUGAGGUCCUGGGAGACUGGAGGAGGACACUUCAUGGCCUUGGCCUUUGCCUUAAUGCUAAAAACAGGCAAUUUGUGUGCUCUGCAGCAAGUGGAGGGUCACCUGGGCUACCCGGGCUGGGGAGAGGCUGAGCUACGGCUGUGAGCAGGCAGCGCACGCCUCCUCGCACCAACCAGAGCGAGGACUGCAGACCUCAGCUGUCUCCCAGGACACAGGGGGCUAAGGCAAGGCCCUGACGCAAAGGAUGGUGCUGCGGUGGACGGGGCCGGUGACACUGGGACUGGUCUGUCUCCGAGAGGACUUCCCGGACAAGCACGGUGUCUGUGUCUGUCAUGCUGACCCCUCCGCCCUGCACAGCUGCUGUGGACGCUGCAGUGGACGAGCCUGGCAAGAUACCAUCCUGAGAGCUGACCACAGAGGAAUCCAGUCGUGCUGGCCCAUUGAACCACCAGCUCGGAGUCCGGCUGCUGGGAGCCCUCUCCAAAAAACGAGAGGGCGUGUCUCUGCCCAGCUUGGUGGUUCCUCCUUCCUGAAUGAGGGUGAUCUCCAAUUGUGCUUGCUCUUCCUGACCAAACUUGGGAGAAGAGGUGGACGAAAAACCCCUUCAGGAGUUUAGGAUAAGGUGUCAAGCAAACUCAGCCUUGCCAUGUGGACCAGCUGGUGGCUCUGGGCCCUGGUGGCCGUGUGUGCUGGGCAGACGUUCCGCGAGCGGGCAGAGACGAUUAUGCGGGUCACGCCUGUCAUCGACGGGCACAACGACCUGCCCUGGCAGCUGCUGACCAAGUUCAACAACCAGCUGCGGGAAGAGAGGGCCAACCUGAGCACCCUGGCUGACACACACACCAACAUCCCCAAGCUGCGGGCCGGCUUCGUGGGUGGCCAGCUCCUUCUCCUCCAGUUCUGGUCUGCGUACGUACCCUGUGACACCCAGGACAAAGACGCCGUGAAGAGGACGCUGGAGCAGAUUGACGUCAUCCACCGCAUGUGCCAGGCCUACCCAGAGACCUUUGCGUGCGUCACCAGCAGUGAAGGGAUCGAGAAGGCCUUCCAGGAGGGUAAGGUGGCCAGCCUGGUAGGCGUGGAGGGUGGCCACUCCAUCGACAGCAGCCUGGGCGUCCUGCGGGCGCUGUACCACCUGGGGAUGCGCUACCUGACCCUCACCCACAGCUGCAACACGCCCUGGGCUGACAACUGGCUGGUGGACACAGGGGACGAUGAGGCUGAGAGCCAGGGGCUGUCAGAGUUUGGGAAGAAGGUGGUGCGGGAGAUGAACCGCCUGGGUGUCAUGAUCGACCUAGCCCACGUGUCGGUGGCCACUAUGAAGGCCGCCCUGCAGCUGUCCGCAGCGCCGGUCAUCUUCAGCCACUCAUCUGCCUACCAGCUGUGCACCCACAAGCGCAAUGUUCCCGAUGACGUGCUCCAGCUGGUGAAGGCCACAGGCAGCCUGGUGAUGGUGAACUUCUACACUGAUUAUGUGACCUGCUCAUCAAAGGCCAAACUGACUGAGGUGGCUGACCAUCUGGACCACAUCAAGAAGGUGGCCGGGGCCCAAGCCGUGGGCUUUGGCGGGGACUACGAUGGUGUGACCAGGCUGCCCGAGGGGCUGGAGGAUGUCUCCAAGUACCCAGACCUAGUGGCCGAGCUGCUCCGGAGGGGCUGGACAGAGGAGGAGGUCAAGGGCGCCCUGGCGGAAAACCUGCUGAGGGUCUUCAAGGCAGUGGAGAAGGAGAGUGACCUCACGCGCACCCCUGAGGAGGAGCCCAUUGCUCUGAAUAAGCUGCACGGCUCCUGCAGGACGCAGUAUGGCUACUCAGCAGCCCCCAGCCUCUUCCACAGGCCAGGUGCCCUCCUGGCCUCCCUGGCUCCCCUGCUCCUUGGCCUGUGUCUUCUGUGAUGCCCAGAUGCCAGCACCCACCAGGAGCGAGGCCUGGAGUCUCACGCUCCCCCCCACGUGAGGCUGAUAGGGACGUGCUGUGCAAUGCAGGGUCCUGCGUCCUCACAGGUGCAGCUCCUGAGCAGGGGCCCAGUGCCUGGACACAGAGGAGCCCAAUAAAGCCUUGGCCCCUUCA